AUGAAGGUCACCACCGUCGCUAUGGCCACUAUGGCCGCAGUUGCCUCUGCUGCACCUACCGCUCAGCCUGCCGCCGUUUCUGAACCUGCCAUCUCCUCUUGGGGUAAGAAGUACAACCCUCACCUUUGGAAUGGCUGGGGCGAUGCUCCCGAUCAGGUCUACCGUCGCGAGGCUGACCCAGCAUUCUCAUCCUGGGGCAAGAAGUACAACCCUCACCUCUGGAACGGAUGGGGUGAUGCUCCCGGACAAGUCUACCGCCGUGAGGCUGAGGCUGACCCUGCUUUCUCAUCUUGGGGUAAGAAGUACAACCCUAAGCUCUGGAACGGCUGGGGCGAUGCACCUGGUCAGGUCUACCGUCGUGAGCAGGAAGCUGCUGCCACCACUACCGAGGCUGCCGCAACCGAGACUGAGACCGCUGAGGCCAAGUAA